GCUAUAGGGGUGGUCUGUGCGAGCCAUGAGGCAUUGAUAUUGGCCGAACUUGCAAGAUCGUGCUCGUGUAUGCCGUCAAGAGGCAGCUGGAUAUUACUUAAAGUAGAGUUUUAGUAGGUGCGGUCAGCAAGCCAGUUUCAGGAUGCCGACAGUGAUUGGGCUGGAUGUGUCUCUGUCAAUGAGUCAGCUGGUUCCCCAACCGGAUCGUACGGAGGACCCACCCACAGUUCGUCAGCUGGCAAUCAAAGGCAUUCAUGCUCUGCUGAAUCACAUUCACCACAACUGCAAACUGGAGUUUGCUGCAGUGGCAGUGUACAGCUCCAGGUACGAGGUGCUGGGCUCGUUCACGCGCGACUUUGACCAGCUGAAGAGCCAGCUGUCCUCGUUGGCCGAGUACGACAAGUCCUGUGUCGAGACGGCGCUGCUCGGCGUCAAUGCCGUGGUAGCCGAGGAGUGGGGCAGCGGCACUGCCUGCCAGGUGAUCAUCAUCACGGACGGUAGCAUGGGCGUGGGCGAGUCGUCGCUGCGCCACCUGUCGGCCGGCGGCCGGCUGCCGCUGCCCUUCUCGUUCCCCUGUCGGCUGGACGUGGUGCUGCUGGGCGAGCGGGCCGAGCUGGAGCGCCGCGGCGCGCCGGCCGCCUUCCAGCGACUGGUCGAGCUCAGCGGUGGCGAGGGCGCGGUGCACACGCCCGAGCCGCCCCUCUCGGCCAAGUCGACGCUGGCGCUGUUCCGCAAGCUGGCCGAGACCAAUUACGCGCCGUUCAGCGGCGUGCUGCACUGCGGCAGCCUGUCGUCGCCGGUGACGCUCUGUCCGCCGCCCCAGACCUACAACCGGAUGCGCGACUUCGAGGCCGUGAAGCGGACCGUGUCGGCCGACCUGAAGAUCUGCGGCUUCCUGUCGGUGGUGGACGUGGCCAGUCCGCCGGCCUACUCCCGACACCUGGUGCUGCCGGCGCCGGCAGACGCGGACGACGUGUCGGCGGUACCCUGCUCGGAGGACGACGAGGCGGUCCGGACACCCUGCUUCUGUGUCCUGCUGCACGGCGGCCUCAAGCGUGAGAACGCAGCAGCCCUUGUCAACGUGGGUGAUGACUGGUACGGCAUCGUCUACUCCUGGGCUGACAGCAAGAAGAAGGCCAACCUCAUGCUGUCGCUUUUCGAACCAGGGACGAGCGUGCUGCCGUGGCUGGGCGACUUCACGAACCUGGGGCCCGCCGCCGCCGGCGUCGCCUCGCCCUUCCCCAUCAAAGUGUCGCGCAAGCGCAGCUAUCAGCAGACGUGCGUCACCUGGAUCAAGCAGUCGGGCCUGCAUUCGGACGUGCAGAAGGUGCUGCGCCACGCCAGGAAACUGCCCGAGAAAACGCAGCACUUCUACAAGGAGCUGAACCGCGUGCGCAGCGCAGCGCUGGCGUUCGGCUUCCACGAGGCGCUGGAGAGCGUGGCGUGUAUUCUGGAGCGCGAGUGCACGCUGCUGCCGGGCAACGCGCACCCGGACUGUGCACUGCAGCUGACGCACGCGGCCACGGCGCUGCGCCUCCCCGAGCACCGGCUGCCAGCCAAGCCGGUGCAGCCGCUCUGGACCCGCUUCCAGACCGACGGCUGAGGCCGCCGGCGGCCCAGCUGGAGACGGCCGGCUGGCAGCGUCCCCAGCACGACUGGAGAGGUGGGCCUGCGCGCGCUGAGCGGGGCCGCGGCAGGCCAGCGUUUGAGCCCCCUCAUCCCUGCCCCGGACUGCACUGGCUACGUGCAGAGAAGGGUCAGAUCGUACUGGAAACUGGCAGGGAUUGUGCAGUCUUUUGAGAGCAGCGAGCCCCGC